AUGGGCUGCAACGGGUCCAAGCUCGACGCCAUUGGCUGCAUGGGCUCCCGGCUCGACGACCAGGAGGCCGUCGCGCUCUGCCGCGGCCGCGCCGACCUGCUCGCGCACGCCGCGCGCCGCCGCGACGCGCUCGCCGCCGCGCACGCCCAACUCGCCGCCUCCCUCGCCUCCGUCUCAUCCUCCCUCCACCUCCUCCUCCUCGCCUCCAACCAGCCGGUGCUCACGCUCCCCGUCGCCGCGCCCAAAACCGUCGACGACCCUCCGCCGCCGCCAGCGGACCACAAGCCCUCCUCGCCCCCGCACUCCUCGUCGCACAUCGACUUCGCGUCCUCCACCUCCGGGUCCGACUCCGGCUCCGUCUCCUCCUCCCCGACCCACCACCUCGCCGCCAGCCACCACUCCCACCACCACCACAACCCGUACCCGCACCCGUUCCCGCAUUACGGCUACGGCUACGCCUACGCGCCCGACCAUCCUCCGUACGGCUACCCGUACCCGCCCGUGCAGGGCUCCCUCCAGCUCCACUACGCGCGGAGCCGCCCGCCCCCGGCCUCCGUCGCCGUCCAGCACCCCGAGGCCCCGUCGGCACGCGUCUACGAGUUCGGCUCCGUCGAGCCGGCGCGGUACUACGCAUACAGGGGCGAGCCCGUGGCGGCGUCAGGCAGGGCGGCGGCCGAGCCCACGCCGUCGCCGCCCAGGGCCAGCUCCUGGGACUUCUUCAACGUCUUCCACGGCUACGACGUCCACGACAACUACUGCUACGACCACGCCGCCGGCGCCGGCGCCACGGGGACCGCCACGCCGUACACGUCCAGCCGGUGCUCGCGGGACGUGCGGGAGGAGGAGGGCAUCCCGGACCUCGAGGACGAGGACGACGACGCCGUCGUCGUCAAGGAGGUCUCCAGCGAGCGCGCCCUUCACGAGACCGGCCGGCGCAGCGAAGAGGAGAGCUGCGUUGCCGAUAAGGGGGUGGUCGCCGGGGGCGGCACGGCGCGACACCAGGCGCCGGCGCAGCCUAAUGCAGUGCCUCCCGUGCCGCCGGCGCACCGGAAGUCUUCUGGGAGCGCGGACGUUGCCGGCGAGAUCAAGGCGCAGUUCGUCCGAGCGGCCGAAGCGGUCUGGGCGCUCGCGCCAGUACUGGAGGUCGAGAAACGCAAUUACCAGCACCAUAAUCGCCGGAGCUCAGUGUACCACGUUUCGUCUGGGAUGGUGUCGUCGACUGCGUUGCCGGAUUCAGGGUACAGAGGCGAAGAGUUGGAUGUCGGAGGAAGGGAGAAGCUGACGGGUGGGAGGAGCUUAUCUUUGACCCUGCAGAGACUCUAUAUCUGGGAGAAGAAAUUAUACAACGAGGUUAAGUCUGAAGAGAAAAUGCGCCUCCUGCUUGCCAAGAACUCGAAGCGGCUGAAGUUUUUGGAUCAAAAGGGUGUUGAAGCUCACAAGAUUGAGGAGACUCAAAAAUUGGUCAGGAAGCUGUCCACAAAAAUAGGAAUAGCAGUGCGAGUCAUUGCUAAGGUUACAAAAAAGAUAGACAGAGUAAGGGAUGAGGAACUGUGUCCACAAAUUAAGGCCUUAAUCCAAGGGUUUGUGAAGAUGUGGCAAGAAAAACUAGAGUGCUUCCAGAUACAGUGUGAAGCAAUAUCCCUGGCCAAAAAUUUGGAUUCAGACAUCUCAGGUGGAAUCAGUCGAGAUUUGGCAAUGGAGCUUGAAGUAGACUUGGUUAAAUGCAUUGUCAACUUCUCCUCUUGGGUGAAUGCGCAAAGGAGCUUUGUCAAGGCACUGAAUGGAUGGCUAGCACUUUGUCUCAACUAUCGCCAGGAAGAGACACCUGAUGGCGCUCGUCCUUGUUCUCCUGGAAGAGUGGAUGCACCACUUGUCUUUACCAUCUGCAGCAGUUGGUCUCAAGCUAUGGAUCGGAUUUCGGAGAAGGAAGUGGUUACCGCUAUGCAAGCUCUUGUUUCCAGUGUACGCAACCUGUGUGAGUACAAGAACGUUGAGCAGAGCGAGCAGAUCAUGAUGACCCGGGAAAGAGAAAAGUUGAACAAGAUUCUGGCAAGGAAGUCCGUAGAGAUAAACAAGGAGGCAGAUACACUUAACAGAAAGCUGGCACUAGUACCAGGCCGGCAAAACCUCCUCCCAACGGUACAAACAUACCAGGCGCACUUCUUUGAAGCAGACAGUCUGCAAGUAAGUCUGAGGCGGGUUCUUCAAGCCCUUGAGAGCUUCGCAUCCAGUUCCCUGCAAGCUUUCCAGGAGACUCUGAGACAUGCUGAAGGGGAAAUUCUAUCAAGAGAAAAUGCUAAAGUUUCAUAGCCUGAUGUUGCAUCUGAUACUAGGUCGAACACGGCUUAUAAAAUACGAUGAUCUCCUCAACUGGUGGCAUCAGUGCUGAAUGUGCUAGACAAAUGCUUUCCACAGAUCAUUUUUUUUGUGCAAAAAUUCUGACUUACUAAGUUAUAGUAACUGACCGUGAUAUGCCGAUGUAGUUCAGACAAAAACCUUGGUCCAUCAGAGUAGCGCAGUUGUUGA